UUAAUUUACGUUUGGAAGGUCAUCAAUUUGACUAUCUCAUGAUUUAAAUGUUGAGCUUUACUUCUCCAAAUGUCUAAUUUAAAAGUCCUGAUUUUGAUUAAAAGUGAAACAUCUGCCUUCCUGUAACUAUCUUUGUUUUUCCUUUCAUAUUUUUUGCCUCACCUGGCAUUAAAAGGCUUACAUAAAAGAUCAAUCUAUCACUUUAUUGAUCGCUCUCUUCACUGAAGCCCAUCAGACUCACACUGAAAGAGAAAAUAUCGCUCUGCUGGUUUCUCCCUGUUGCCAUAGCAACACCGGGAUAUUUACACCGACAUGCGGGCCUGACUGUCGCAAACAGCUCAGCAGCCAAUUAUGGGAGCCCGCUUGAGCCGCUUCCUCCAGAUUCCUCCAGUCCAGCCUCGGACUGGGAGCUGAAACCUGCGGAGGGUUGCGUGUUCGAGUCCGUCCAUCACGCGGCUUACAUAAGGAGCUGCAGUGAGUCCAGAGGAGCGGAGAGCCCGCAGCCCUCAGCUGCACACGGACUCUACUGUAGAGCCGAUGUGUUUUACAGUCUGUCUGCAUUGCGUCGAACCCCCCCUCCUCUCCUCUUCGUCGCUCCCCUCACUCACUCCCUCACUCACUCUCUCCUGACCCCUCCCUCCCUCCCUCCUCACGCACUUUUUCCUCUACAUGAAAUCCUGCAAUGUGCUUCCAGAUGAGCGGAGACGCGUCCUCUGCGUCCUGUAGUGCGGGAUCCUGCAGCAGUUCUCCUCUGAAUCCUCCGCGGUGUUUUUCUGUCUGCUGUUUUACCCGCAGCUCACCGACAGGAGAGCCGCUUUCUGCUGAUGCUGCAGUGUCCAGUCCUCCCGGUUCUCUCCAUCAGACUGGGUGCUCCAUCCGGCUUGGUUUCUAAUAAUUUCGUCCUCCGCCUGCUUCAUUUUCAGCAUGAUUUUAAUAAACUGUCAGUCAGGAUUUUUGGUGCUGAGCCACGGUUCAAAGCCGUCUGAAGCCUCCUUUUCUUCCUCCUCCUCCUCCUCCUCCUGCUGCGGGCUGCACCGAUCGACGCUGAAAAACUACACCAAGAGGAUACGGAUGUUAACCAAGUCAACAUAGUCUAUUAAUUUUUCAGAGACUGUAAAACGAGAUCGGUGUUAAAGCAGAAGUUGGGAAAGGUGCGCAGGGUGAAGACAUUCCCUCCAUCUGCUGCUCUCCAACCCAGACAGGUGAAGGACGAAGUGCCGCAGAGAGAAAGAAGAUGUUCAGAUCGGAGAUGGCGGUGAUGAUGAUGAUGAUGAUGAUGGAGAAGGAAGCUCUGCGUAGCUGCUGGCCUCAGUAGAGGCUUCUUCCCUCCGACCUGCUGCUCCUCACCUUCACGCCGCUUCCUCCUCCUGUCCGCCACCCGUCAGGAAGGAUGACCGUGGUGUCCACAGAGAACAUGGACGAGACCUCCACCCUGCCGGGACACCCGCAGGACCCCUACCCGCCUGACGACGACCACAACGACCACGACGACCAUGACUGCUGCGAGCGGGUGGUCAUCAACAUCUCGGGGCUGCGCUUCGAGACCCAGCUGAAGACUCUCGCCCAGUUCCCAGACACUCUCCUUGGGAACCCCAAGAAGAGGAUGCGCUACUUUGACCCCUUACGAAACGAGUAUUUCUUUGACCGCAAUCGGCCCAGUUUUGACGCCAUCUUGUAUUAUUACCAGUCCGGAGGAAGGCUAAGAAGACCGGUCAAUGUGCCCCUGGAUAUGUUCUCAGAGGAGAUAAAGUUUUAUGAACUUGGCGUGGAGGCCAUGGAGAAAUUUCGCGAGGACGAAGGAUUUAUCAGAGAGGAGGAACGGCCGCUGCCGGAGAAGGAGUUUCAGCGGCAGAUCUGGCUGCUCUUUGAGCACCCGGAGAGUUCAGGGCCCGCCCGGGGGAUCGCUAUCGUCUCAGUAAUGGUUAUUCUUAUUUCUAUAGUCAUAUUUUGUUUGGAGACACUACCAGAGCUGAAGGAGGAUCCCAGUGAGCGGCUGCAGGUGGUGGGGAACACCACCGUGUAUUACAACCCAAACAUCCUCACAGACCCUUUCUUUGUGGUGGAGACGCUCUGCAUCAUUUGGUUUUCCUUCGAGCUCAUAGUCCGUUUUUUUGCUUGUCCCAGCAAGGCAGCAUUCUUUAAAAACAUGAUGAACUCUAUCGAUAUUGUGGCUAUAAUCCCGUACUUCAUCACGCUUGGAACAGAGCUGGCUGACGACCAAGGCAACAAGGAGGGGAAAGGAGGAGGGGAACAGGCCACAUCUCUGGCUAUUCUCAGGGUAAUCCGUCUGGUGAGGGUGUUCAGGAUCUUUAAACUGUCCCGACAUUCAAAGGGGCUCCAGAUUUUGGGGCAAACUCUGAAGGCGAGCAUGCGGGAGCUGGGCUUGCUCAUUUUCUUCCUCUUCAUUGGGGUGAUUUUGUUCUCCAGCGCCGUCUACUUCGCUGAGGCUGAGGAGAAGGAGUCGUUCUUCACCAGCAUCCCGGAUGCUUUCUGGUGGGCCGUGGUGUCCAUGACGACCGUCGGCUAUGGGGACAUGUACCCUGUGACCAUCGGAGGGAAGAUCGUGGGCUCGCUGUGCGCCAUCGCUGGAGUGUUAACCAUCGCACUCCCAGUUCCCGUCAUCGUGUCCAAUUUCAACUACUUCUACCACCGGGAGACGGAGGGCGAGGAGCAGGCCCAGCUGCUCAAUGUCAGCAACCAGAACUUGGCGUCGGACACCAACUCGAGCCGCCGCAGCUCCUCCGUGGUCAGCAAGUCGGAGUACAUGGAGAUCGACGAGGACAUGAACAACAGCAUCGAUAACUUUAGGGAGGCAAACCUUCGGACUGCCAACUGCACGGCUCCCAGCCAGAACUGUGUGAACAAGGGGAAGCUGCUCACCGACGUGUGAGGCGGCGUCCAACGCACCAGUGUACAUAUUGUAGAAAUACCUGGACGCUUUAUCUCCAUUGGUGCAUUUUAUUCUUCUUUUGCAUUCAAACAUGUUUGGAUACUUACAGAGUUUAAAGCACACAUGGGAAUUUAAAAAGGUCAAGGCUCAGUUAUUUGGUGACAACACAGUGGCAGAGUUGUUAGGCAAUAGUUCAAAGAUCAGCAGGUGUCGGGGGGAACAUUUCUGAUAAAUGACUUACUAAUUUUAGACAGCUGUAACGCUGAAUUAUGUUAUUCCCUCAAACUGAAGGGGAUAUAUAUCUAUAUAUAUAUAUAUAUAACGUAUUCAAGAUCGAUAAAUUAUGUCACAGUGAUGUCAUUGGGACUAUUUUGGUUUUUGGUCACAAACUGGAGGUUUGUCGAAAGAUGUGUUUACCAGACAGGAAACGUCAAUCAAGUCCAUUUUGGGAAACUGAAGGUUUUGGCUCUUGCCCCAAACGAGGGACCAAAAGUCCUGAGAUUUGGACCUCAGCUGCUUUGAUUUUGAUAUUUUGGUUUUUGUUGCACCAAUAUAUCCAUUAUCUUUAAAAUAUGUUUCUCACAAGUCGCCCUCCAUAGAAGUACAACACCGAACUGAUGGAAAACCCCUUUAGUUUCAUAGUGCAACCAUGAAUAAUGUUCUCUUUGAACAGGAAGUAAAACAGAUCAUACGAGAAUACAAUAAUAGGACAGUACAGUACAGCGACAAUUAAAGGCAGCUACAAAAAUAUAUAAACAAAAGAUAAAUAAAAUGAAAAGAUUUUAAAAAGAUUAAGACACAAUUUGACACAAGAAUUGACAGGAAGUCUCCCUGACACCUUCCAGGCUUUGUGCAGUCGACUCAUAGGAUACAAGAAGACAAUGAAGCCCAACUGGGAUUUGAAGAACACGACUUUUCAGUGGAUUACAGCUGAACUUCAGACGUGUUGUUCUGAUUCACGUCCGGUGACAUUUUGGAAAACUGGGCCCAAGACGUCGGUCGAUGUUUUUUUUUAUUUUAGGCACCUUAUCAGAAACGAACAGGAAGUGUGCCGAGCCUCGUGGAGGAUUAUGUGCACUGCUGCUGCUACAGAUCGACCGGAGGCUCCCUGUAUGAUGCCAUGCAACACUCCUUUAUAUAGAAGCAUGUGGAGACUCUCUUCUCUCUUGUAUUGGCAUGCACAAGACGUUACCUCAUUUUUGUUUUUUACAUUUUUUGUUCGUUGACUCUCAUUUUCUCCUCCUGGAAUCAUAGUUUUAUUUUUCUCUCCCUCUCUCAUUUGGUUUCACCAAAAGUGCACUGGCUAUUUAUUAUUGUUUAAGUUAUUUUAAAGCAUUUACGUGUUGAAUGUUAAAGGGAACAGGAACACUUCUUUUUUGAAGAUCAUGGCAUGUCAAAAUACUCAAACAUUAUGGCCUAAUUAGCUAUGGUAUAGCUGUGUAUACUCAGUGCAUGACUACAGUAUUAAAUUGCUUGCAGUUGUGGAAGGACCUCAUGAGCUGGAGGACGACGAUGACGAUGAUGACGAUGAUGAUGACGAUGAUGAUUCUCCUCAUUGUUGUCAAGCUAACAAGGGGAUGCAUGACGGAGCGAACUGCCGAAGGGGACAAAUCUGCUGGAAAAAAACAAAAAGAAAAAAGAGGAGGAGACAUUUCUGAUGAUCUCUUUUAAAAAAAUGACAUUUCAGAAAUUACAUCCUCUUUUUCAUUUAUUUAAAGCUUUGAGUGCAUGGGAUCAUUUUAUGUGAUUUGUGACCCCAUUUUUUUCUUCUGCAUUUGACUUUUAAACAGUGUUGAGAAGGAAAGCAGUAAAAUUUAACAAAUUUCAUAGAUAUAUCUACAAUUAGUUUCUAGUGCCUUGAACCCCGUCUCAUUAUAGGAUUGACUAAAGUGCCUCCCGUUACGACAGACAGCGAAGAGCUUACUGAGUGCAGCUUGUUUCCUCCUGCCAUAAAGAUGCACAUCUGCUUCCUGCACAUCUGGAAAGAAAAGGGUAACUGACAAAUACGUUUGGAGAAAGAAUAUAUUAGAGAUUUUUGGGCGUACAGAAGCUCACAUGAGUCCUGGUUGGUGACACAUGGCUGCGGUGCUCAGUUAGCCACUCAGAGAGUUACAAUAUGGAUUGUUUGCAUGCAGACCCAAAGCAGCAUGUUAGUCCGUCUCUCAGUUUGUUCCAACUUCCUGUCUGUGGCUUUCUGCUUCGAGCCCUUUGGUUCCUGCAGCUGCUCAGGGGCUCACUUACCAAACCAACAGGAGGAAACGGUACAUUUGUGCAUUAGGGACUAUUUCCAGAGGCGGAUUAAUCCACAUUUGGUG